AUGGUGAACAUCACCGAGCGGAUCAAAGACAAGCUUGCGCGACUCCGAGCGCAGCUCCUCGAGCCUGGCCCAGGUGCUGGUGGUGCCGCCGGAACAGGUUUCGACGUCUCCAAGUCGGGCGACGCUCGCAUAGCACUGGUGGGCUUUCCGUCCGUCGGCAAAUCCACCUUCUUGUCGAAAGUUACGAAGACGAAAUCGAGUGUCGCUGCUUACUCUUUCACUACGCUUACGGCCAUUCCGGGUGUACUGGAGUAUGGCGGCGCGGAGAUCCAAGUGCUCGAUCUGCCUGGUAUCAUCGAAGGGGCUGCGGAGGGGAAAGGCAGAGGACGGCAGGUCAUUUCUGCUGCGAAGACCAGCGACAUGGUCCUCAUGAUUCUGGACGCCACCAAACGAGCAGAGCAACGAUUUUUGCUCGAGCGAGAACUAGAAGCCGUCGGCAUCCGACUCAACCAAGAGCCCCCAAACAUCUACCUCAAGCAGAAGAAAGCCGGCGGGAUGAAAAUCACCUUCUCUGCCCCGCCAAAGCAUCUCGACGAGAAGAUGCUCUACAACAUCCUGCGCGACUACAAAAUGCUCAACUGUGAGGUACUUGUUCGGGACGAGAAUGCCACCAUCGACCAAUUCAUCGACGUAAUCAUGAAAGACCACCGCACCUACAUCAAAUGCCUCUACGUCUACAACAAAAUCGACUCCAUCUCCCUCGAGCACCUCGACACCCUCGCCCGCGAGCCCAACACCGUCGUCAUGUCCUGCGAGCUCGACCUCGGCAUCAUGGACGUUGUGGAUCGCUGCUGGGACGAGCUCCGGCUGAUCCGCGUCUACACCAAACGAAAGGGUAUAGAUCCGGAUUUUGGGGAGGCGCUGAUUGUGCGGAACAAUAGCUCGAUUGAGGAUGUGUGUGAUUCGAUUCAUCGGACGUUGAAGGAGAGUUUCAAGUAUGCGUUGGUGUGGGGGGCGAGCGCGAGGCAUGUGCCGCAGCGGGUGGGGUUGAGUCAUGUGGUGGCUGAUGAGGAUGUGGUGAGUAUUGUCGGGAGUAAGAGUGGGUUGGCUACGACGACGAAGUAG